UUUGCUUGCGUUAAGGGUCGUUUCCAUGUUUUAAUAUGUGGCACAUUUCGCUACUCCCGCAUCGUGCUGCGUUUAAGAUUUGCAAGGCACUGGAAUGAUUGGUCUCUCCGCGCGGCACAAAGACGGAAGCGGAAGUGACGUACCGCAGAUUGACGAAACAUCUGACAGAGAGCCAGUGGGAACUGUUUAGCUGAGGAUGUUUACGAAAGAUAAUGGGAGCGCCGGUGGCGGUUUCCGCGACGACAGUCUCGGGAGCGGGGUUUAUUGAUUCCAGGUUUCGCAGCGCAAUGUUACCGAGAGAACGAAUGGAGUAAAAAAAAAAAACAUUGAAGAAAGAAAACUGUUGAAAAAACUCGUUCUUGACUGUAUUGUGGAAACAGCUGAGGGAGCCUGCCUGCCUGCCUGCCCGCCUGCCUGCCCUGGCCCUAUGGCAUGAAGGUGGCUGCAGCUGUGCUGGCGCCGUUCGGCGGUCCCUCCAGCGGGCUCCGCUCUCAUGCCCUUAUAUAGAGGUGCUCGCUGAGAAACCGCGCGCCCGGGCGCAGGCAGGGCAUGCGGGAGCUCGCGGACGCGGCUCCGCGGCAGUCGAGCCCCGCCAUCAUCAUGUCCGCGUCGGAGCAGACGGUCGCCAUCACGAUGGACGACAGGACGUACAACGUGAGCAAGAGCAAGCUGAUCGAGAAGAGCGACUACUUCCGCGCGCUCUAUCGCUCGGGCAUGCGCGAGUCGGGCCAGGACUCGGUGCGGCUGCAGGGGCUCAGCGUGCCGGGGCUCGAGCUCGUGCUCGAGUUCAUCAACACGUCCAAGGUGCAGGUGGCGGACGACACGCUGGAGGACCUGGUGGAGACGGCCUCCUUCCUGCAGGUCACCUCCAUCCUCAAGCUGCUCGUGGCCGAGACCCGCCUCGAGAACUGCGUGGAGCUCUACAACCUGGCGGAGGUGUACGGCGCGCACGAGCUGCGCGGCGCGUGCCUGCGCUUCAUGAGCGCCCACUACCACGCGGUGCUGCGCAGAGCCGCGUUCCGGAGCCUGCCGUGCGCGCUGCGCGCUCACGUGCGGGACAUGCGCAUGCGCGGCGCGCCCACGCUGGUGGCCAUCGGGGACUUCAUGGGCACCUGCCUGGAGCUGGCGGAGGAGCAGGAGGAGCCCUGGUCCAUGCUGCGCUACGGCGAGCCGGAGCAGCGCUGGAAGCCGCUGGCCAACAACCUGCCCGCGGACAUGGUGAACGUGCGCGGCUACGGCUCGGCCGUGCUCGACAACUACCUCUUCAUCGUGGGCGGCUACAGGCUCACCAGCCAGGAGAUCUCUGCGGCGCACUGCUACAACCCGUGUCGCAACGAGUGGAGCCAGGUGGCACCCCUGAACCAGAAGAGGUCCAAUUUCAAGCUGCUGGCGGUGAGUGGGAAGCUGUAUGCCGUUGGGGGUCAGACGUUAGGCACCGUGGAGUGCUACAACCCCGAGCAGGACUGGUGGACCUGUGUUUCGUCUCUCCCCAACCCCCUGGCCGAGUUCUCAGCCUGCGAGUGCCAGGGCAUGAUCUACGUCAUAGGUGGCUACACAACCAGAGACAGGAACACCAGCGUGCUGCGCUACUGCCCCACCUCUGACACCUGGACAGUGUUCAGCUCCUGCCCGGUUCACGUACGCAAGCAACAGAUGCUCUCGGUGGAGGACACCAUCUACCUGGUAGGAGGGUACACCCAUGAGCUGCGUCCAGAGCGACGCAGGGCAGGGCACACGGAAGACAUGCUGACUGUGCAGUCCUACAACGUCACCUCGGGAGAGUGGCUGUGCCUGAAGGAGAACACCUCUAAGUCUGGCUUGAAUCUCACAUGCACGUUGCACAACGAUGGCAUCUACAUCAUGAGCCGUGAUGUGAGCCUCCCCACUAGUUUGGAGCACAGGGUCUUCCUUAAGUACAACAUCUUCUCCGAUGCUUGGGAGGCCUUUCGGCGCUUCCCGGCGCUGGGCCAAAAUAUGCUCCUCUGCUCGCUCUAUCUGCCCACUGGUCUGUGAGCCUGCGCAGAGCUG